UUUCUCUAGCUUCCUCAGCUUCACCUGUCCCACCAUGAGUCGACAACUGAACAUCAAGUCUGGUAGUGAGAGGUGUGACUUCAGUGGGUACUCAGCAGUGGUGCCAAGGAAGGCCGUGGGCAGUGUGGCUUCUUCCUGGGCAGCUGGCAAAGGGGCUGGAGCUGGCUUUGGCAGUCGGAGCCUCUACAGUCUGGGGGGGACUCGGUGUAUUUCCUUUAGUGUGGCUGGUGGUGGUGUUCGGGCUGGAGGCUAUGGUUGUGGGCGUGGAGGGGGCCGGGCCAGUGGCUUUGCUGGCAGCAUCUUUGGGAGCACGGGCCUGGGACCUAAGUCCCCAUCAGUGUGUCUCCCUGGGGGCAUACACCAAGUCACUGUCAACAAGAGCCUCUUAGCCCCCCUCCAUGUGGAACUGGACCCUGAAAUCCAGAAAGUACGAGCUCAGGAGCGAGAGCAGAUCAAGUUGUUGAACAACAAGUUCGCCUCCUUCAUCGACAAGGUGCGGUUCCUGGAGCAGCAGAAUCAGGUUCUAGAGACCAAGUGGGAGCUGCUGCAGCAGCUGGACCUGAGCAACUGCAAGAAGAACCUAGAGCCCAUCUUUGAGGGCUACAUCAGCAAUCUGCAGAAGCAGCUGGAGACACUGUCCAGUGACAGGGUGAGGCUGGACUCGGAGCUGAGGAACAUGCGGGACGUGGUGGAAGACUACAAGACGAGAUAUGAGUCAGAGAUUAAUAACCACACAGCAGCUGAGAAUGAGUUUGUGGCACUAAAAAAGGACGCAGACGCAGCCUACGCAGUCAAGGUGGAGCUUCAGGCCAAAGUGGAUUCUCUGGACAAAGACAUCAAGUUCCUCAAGUGUCUGUAUGAUGCGGAGAUCUCUCAGAUCCAGACGCACGCCAGUGACACUUCCGUCAUCCUGUCCAUGGACAACAAUCGUGACCUGGACCUGGACAGCAUCAUCUCCGAGGUCCGCACCCACUAUGAGGAGAUUGCCCUGAAGAGCAAGGCCGAGGCUGAAUCUCUGUAUCACACCAAGAUCCAGGAACUGCAGCUGGUGGCCAGUCAGCAUGGCAAGGACCUUAAGCACACCAAGAACGAGAUAUCAGAGCUGAACAGGUUCAUCCAGAGAAUCCGGUGUGAGAUUGGGAAUCUGAAGAAGCAGUGUGCUAACCUGGAGACGGCCAUUGCUGAUGCAGAACAGCGGGGUGACAGUGCCCUGAAGGACGCCCGGGCCAAGCUGGAUGAGCUGGAGUCCGCUCUGCACCAGGGCAAGGAGGAGCUGGCCCGGAUGCUCCGUGACUACCAGGAGCUCACAAGCCUGAAGCUGGCCCUGGACAUGGAGAUCGCCACUUACCGCAAGCUGCUGGAGAGCGAGGAGUGCAGGAUGUCUGGUGAAAACCCAUCCUCCGUGAGCAUCUCCAUCAUCAGUAGCAGUGGUGGAAGCAGCUACACUUACCGCCCCAGUUCCAUGAGCGCUGACCUGGGGGCCAACAGUGCAGCUGGUGACUCUGGCAAUGCCCACAGCAGGGACACCAAAACCAAAGGGGCCCGGCUGGAAGACCUCAAGGACUCCCAAGGCAAGAGUACCCCAGUCAGUGCCCCAGUCCGGAAAACCACGAGAUAG